GGGACCGUAAGGGGCCGUGAGGGGACCCGGGAGCGGCACCGGUCAAGACGCCCCGCCACCGACCCCGCCACCGACCUCGGGCCUAGGGCAUGGACGAAAUGAAAAUUUAGGAAGACACUUGCCAAAUAAAGAAGAUGGGAGCAAAUAGCAGCAGCAUCAGUGAGCUUCCAGAAAAUGAGUACUUACAGAAGCUGUCAGGAUCAGAGCCCAUCUCUGAGAAUGACCCGUUCUGGAAUCAGCUUCUGUCCUUUAGCUUCACCACUCCAACAAACAGUGCUGAUUUAAAGCUCUUGGAAGAAGCCACAAUCUCAGUCUGCAAGUCUUUAGCUGGCCUGUGGACAGUGUUCACACUGGGCGGGGUGGGCAGCAAAGCAUCAGCUCAGCUGGAGCAGUGCUCCCCUCUGGCCAGCCAGAGCCUGCUGCUGCUGCUGGUCCUGGCCAACCUGACGGACGCUCCAGACACCCCGAACCCCUACAGGCAAGCCAUCAUGUCCUUCAAGAACACACAAGAUAACACUGCUUUUUCGUCAUCAAAUCCACAUGCUUUCCAGAUUAACUUUAACAGUUUAUACACAGCUUUAUGUGAGCAACAGAAAUCUGAUCAAGCCACUCUUCUCUUGUACAUGCUUCUGCAUCAGAACAGCAACGUGCGGACUUACGUGUUGGCACGGACAGACAUAGAAAAUCUGGUUCUGCCAAUUCUUGAAAUUUUGUAUCACGUUGAAGAAAGGAAUUCACACCAUGUUUACAUGGCCCUUAUCAUUUUGCUGAUUCUUACAGAGGAUGAUGGCUUCAACCGAUCCAUUCACGAAGUGAUACUGAAAAACAUCACUUGGUAUGCUGAGCGUGUCCUAACAGAGAUUUCACUUGGGAGUCUUCUGAUAUUGGUUGUGAUAAGAACCAUCCAGUACAACAUGACGCGGACAAGGGACAAAUACCUUCAUACAAACUGUCUGGCAGCCUUGGCAAAUAUGUCAGCACAGUUCCGCUCACUUCAUCAGUAUGCUGCUCAGAGGAUCAUCAGUUAUACCUGCCGCCACUUGCGGAGAUAUGUGUAUGUCUUGGACAAACUGUAUUUCCCCCACUCCCACUGCUCUACGCUGCAGCAUUGCUUCUCGACCCUCAGUGACAAUGGAGAGGAACUCUUGUCUUUAACUUGUUCUCACAUUCUCAGAUCCUAUGCUUCCAGUUUAUUUUCUCUGUUGUCUAAAAAACACAACAAAGUGCUGGAGCAAGCCACGCAGUCCUUGAGAGGUUCCCUGGGUUCAAACGACUCUCCACUUCCUGAUUAUGCACAAGACCUGAAUGUGAUUGAGGAGGUGAUCCGAAUGAUGCUGGAGAUCAUCAACUCCUGCCUGACCAACUCCCUCCAUCACAACCCCAACCUGGUGUACGCUCUGCUCUACAAGCGGGAUCUGUUCGAGCAGUUUCGGACUCACCCCUCCUUCCAGGACAUCAUGCAAAAUAUAGACCUGGUGAUCAGCUUUUUCAGCUCCCGAUUAGAGCAAGCUGGAGCUGAGCUGUCAGUGGAGCGAGUUCUGGAAAUCAUCAAGCAAGGAGCUGUUGCUUUGCCCAAAGACAGGCUAAGAAAGUUCCCCGAACUGAAGUUCAAGUACGUGGAGGAGGAGCAGCCUGAGGAGUUUUUCAUCCCCUACGUGUGGUCCCUGGUUUACAACUCUGCCGUGGCCCUGUACUGGAACCCCCGUGACAUCCAGCUCUUCACCAUGGACUCGGGCUGAGGGACACCCCAGCCAGGCCAGCCCCACUCCAUUUUACAGGAAUCAAACCUCUGCAGCCUUUCCAACCUGACCCCCUCCAACUGCCCCCUCCAACCCCAGAGCCAGUGUCCAGCCCAGCCUCACAUUGGGACAGACUGGUGUGAGGCACUGAUGGCUUGUAGGCAACCUUGUGUUUAUAGUCCAUAACCUAGAGCUUGUUUGAUGAAAACGAGGCCUUACACAUGGGGUAUGAUGUUACUACCAACCACAAACCUUGAUUGUCCUUUUAACUUAACGGGCUAAAUGAGAUUGCAGGCUUUGAUUUGGAAGCAGCGUUUGUAUUUUUGGCUCUUUUGAGCAGACAGCUUCCUUGGGUCAAGUUUUUUUUAUGGUCUCUUGGAUGCUGCCAUGGGUUGCUCAUUACCUAAUCCCAUGUUUUCACUUACAUCCCUUCAUUUCUGUGGCACUGUCAAGGCUGCAGCCCUUAAAUUGCUGUCUAUGCUGUCAUCUGAGGGAGCUAAGCAAGCAGCAUCUUAAUCAGGUUAGCUCCCAGGCAGAUUCAAAACACUUGAUUUAGAUGUUUGUGGGAGGAUUUUCAAUAGCAAGUCUUCUGUUGUUGUUGUUUGACUGGCAAAUACUCUCCAGAGGGCAAGAAACACCUGCUUUCGGAGUCAGGUCCCUUACAGACUUGUUUUUCUGUGCUUCUGUGCAAAAUUGUUCCUGGAAAUUGAAGGUGGAAGGAAAGGGGGCAGGGAAAAGUCCAAAGAAAAUAAUUACAAGACUGUAAAAUAGACCAGUGUCCUGUAAACCUGUGUGUAAUGGUGACAGUGUGUUUUGGGGAUUCUUGACAAAAUUCUGUGUUGAAAACCUCCUGUUGACUUUUUAAGUUUUAUGGCAGAAGUAUAAAUUUAUCUGAAUGUAGAAUACUACUCUCUUUUUUUGUUGUUU